AUGGAGUUGAUACUAAAUAGCCUCAUUUCUGAUGAGCUGACAAGAGAGCAAAGACAGUUGAGUAUUGAUUUCUUACAAGAUAUCCUACAAUCUAAUACGAGGGAAUACGAAAGUUAUUUUUCAUCCAGAGCUGCUCCUGGUAGCAUAGCUGAAGAUAUAGCUGAAAUAGAUGCUGAAUUAUCUGCCCUUGAUAGAAAGAUAAGGAAAUCGCUGAUAGAAAAUAAAUCUCAAGUCAUCGGAGAAAUCCUUGGAAAUGAUGAUAGGGCCCAAUUGGAAGAGAUAACGAAAUCCCUAGAACAAUUGUGGGAACUAAAUUCAACCGUCAAUAAGGAAGUUGAUGAAGGUACUACUAAUAAUGAAAUAACAAAUGAAAACCUUUCACUGGAGGACUUUUUAGAACACGAUCACGAAAGUAAUGAUACAAAUAGCGUUAUGACCACGGAAGACGACAAUUCAGUAAGAAAAAGGAAGGACGAUGAAUUUCACCAGGCAUUAAAUAGGUUGAGAAACAGACUCUCGACCAAGGAAGAUGACAAGGACGAGAUUAGGUCUGACACACUAGUCACUGUACUAGAAAAUUUGGAUAGCAUUACAGAUUUAAUGGAGCUACCUUUUUUAACUCGUACAUGUAUUAGAACAGGUCAUUAUCAAGAAGCCGUCAUGCUAUACACCCAUAGCAUCUCCCUAAAGUCAAGAUUUCCGGGUUCAACCAUUGUAGAUGAAGUUUGCGAGAAAGUUUUGAAUGAAAUAAGAACAACCAUGUUAUCAGGGUUGGUGAAAUUACUAUCUACCAAUGUGUCUGUUAACUCACUGAAAAAAAUACUCAACUAUUUGAAUUCCAUUCCGCCAUUCGAUGGAAAAACCAACAAAUCGUUAUUAAGUAUUUUUUUGGCCAUGAGAUACAAAUUCAUUACUGACGAAAUAGCAUCAUAUUCUUUAGACAUUGAAUCGUCGAAUGAAUCGUUAAUUGAAAUGAUGGUCAAGAGAAAAGUAGAAGUCCUCAGGGAACACGUGUAUAUGUCUCUUAAUGUUUUUAUCAAAAACUUUUUGUAUGAUACAAGCGACUUAGAGAUUCCAUUUCCAGAGGACCUAGAAACUACUGCGUCAAAGAUAAAUGAAACUAACGAGGAGAAUAAAAACGAGAAAGAAAGAGAGGAGGGAGAAGAAAAUGAAGAAGGAAUAACAAAAGGCACGGAAGAAGAAAUAACAGAAAGUAGUACCACUUUCAAAGCUGAGGACAAUGACAAUGAGUUAAUAGACAAAACCAAAGAUAAGGUAGAAGACGAAGUGGAAACCAAAGAAAAAAAAACAAACACAGAAAGUAAAAGAAAAGACAAGUCAGAGGACAAGUCAGAGGACAAGUCAGAGGACAAGUCAGAAGAAGAAGGCAAAGAAGAAGGCAAAGAAGAAGAUAAAGAAAAAGAAAUAGAAGUGCCAGCUGGGACCACUCCAACUUUGAAAAGAGAAAGCAAAAUACCAACAAAUGCGAUCAUGUUGCAGUUCGUUGACAAGUGCGUAAUGUAUAUGCUAACAGACCUUCUUCGCGGGUUGAAUGGAAUCAAGCUAAGCGACUCAGUUUGUUUGCAGCUGGUAUAUUGUUCAUUCCGUCUUUCUGACCUGAACAGAAACUACCAUCAUCUCUUCCUAAACAAAAUCAAAGACACUAAUUUGUUCACUACGGAACAGCUCGCCCGAGCAAUCAACAAGAGAGCAGAAUUGGCCUCUAAAUACAUUUACUCCUAG